CCUCUCCCUCCUCUUCCCUACCUUCCUCCACUCCCUCCCUUCCCCUCCCCUUUACCACCACCGCCACCUCCUCCUCCUUGACGUCCUCCUCCUCCUCCUCCUCCCCCUUCCUCCCUCCUCCACUUCUUCCUCCGCCAGCUCAGGUUGCAGCUCCUGUGGGGAGCCGCUCACCUUUCCAGAGCCGGGGAAGCAGCCCCGAGCCCGAGUGGGGACCCCAGCGGUACGGCGCCCAGCCCUGCGGGCCCCCUGCCGUCGCGAGCGGGAGCGGCCGCCCGGCGGUCCCCAGGACACGCGCGGUGAGCCUCGCGGCGGGGCGGCGGGGCGCCGGGCAGGAAAGGAAGGUCGGAGGAGGGGGCACCGCAGCACUGUGCAAACGGAGCAAAGGAGCUUGAGAGAAGAGAGCCAGCAUUUACUGGACGUCUUCCUUGUAUCAGCGCUGGGCUGUGUUGGCUCACUCAGAUGCUGUUGGACAUUGAAAACUUUACCUGCCCAAAUCCCAGCUCCUGGUCUUCCUACCAAAACCUCCACUCGCAGAAUCCUCAUCUCCUUGAGUGACUUCCUCUCAGCUGCUUGGCCAAAACCCAGCAAGGACCUGGAUACCCAGUCCUUGACAAGCAUGAACAAGAUGAAGAACUUCAAGCGCCGUUUCUCCCUGUCAGUGCCCCGUACAGAGACCAUCGAGGAGUCCUUGGCUGAAUUCACAGAGCAGUUCAACCAGCUCCACAACCGGAGGAACGAGGACCUGCAGCUCGGUCCUCUUGGCAGAGACCCCCAGCCGGAGCCCAGCACCUUCUCCCCCACAGACAGCGGGGAGGAGCCUGGGCAGCCAUCCCCUGGCAUGCAGUACCGGCGACGGCAGAACCAACGGCGCUUCUCCAUGGAGGACAUCAGCAAGAGGCUCUCUCUGCCCAUGGAUAUCCGCCUGCCCCAGGAAUUUCUGCAGAAACUGCAGCUGGAGAACCCAGACCUUCCCAAGCCACUCAGCCGCAUGUCCCGACGUGCCUCCCUGUCAGAUAUCGGCUUUGGGAAACUGGAAACAUACGUGAAACUGGACAAACUGGGGGAGGGCCAAUGGGGCUCUUCAUCCCAGGGCACCUAUGCCACAGUCUUCAAAGGGCGGAGUAAACUGACGGAGAACCUCGUGGCCCUGAAGGAGAUCCGACUGGAGCACGAGGAGGGGGCACCCUGCACUGCCAUCCGAGAGGUGUCUCUCCUGAAGAAUCUGAAGCAUGCCAAUAUCGUGACCUUGCACGACCUCAUCCAUACAGAACGGUCCCUCACCCUGGUGUUUGAGUACCUGGACAGUGACCUGAAGCAGUACUUGGACCAUUGUGGAAACCUCAUGAGCAUGCACAAUGUCAAGAUUUUCAUGUUCCAGCUGCUCCGGGGCCUUGCCUACUGCCACCGCCGUAAGAUCCUGCACCGGGACCUGAAACCCCAGAACCUGCUCAUCAACGAGAGGGGGGAACUGAAGCUGGCUGACUUUGGACUGGCCCGGGCCAAGUCAGUGCCCACGAAGACCUAUUCCAAUGAGGUGGUGACCCUGUGGUACAGGCCCCCUGAUGUGCUGCUGGGAUCCACUGAGUACUCCACCCCCAUAGACAUGUGGGGCGUAGGCUGCAUCCACUACGAGAUGGCCACGGGGAGGCCCCUGUUCCCCGGCUCCACGGUCAAGGAGGAGCUGCACCUCAUCUUCCGGCUCCUGGGGACCCCUACAGAAGAGACGUGGCCCAGCGUGACCGCCCUCUCUGAGUUCCGCGCCUACAACUUCCCGCGGUACCUCCCGCAGCCUCUCAUCAGCCACGCCCCCAGGUUGGAUACUGAUGGCAUCAGCCUUCUGACCGGCCUCCUCCUGUAUGAAUCCAAGAGUCGUAUGUCUGCAGAGGCUGCCCUGAGUCACCCCUACUUCCGGUCUUUGGGAGAGCGUGUGCACCAGCUUGAAGACACUGCCUCCAUCUUCUCCCUGAAGGAGAUCCAGCUGCAGAAGGAUCCAGGCUACCGAGGCUUGGCCUUCCAGCAGCCAGGACGAGGGAAGAGCCGGCGGCAGAGCAUCUUCUGAGCUGUGGCUACACUGCUACAGCCUGAGGGACACGUGGUCACAUCGAGCACAAAUUUGGGUAGGAUGGGGCCUGUGUGGACCUUCGAGGACUGAGGCACGAGGGCUUACUAUGGGCCCAGAAGACUGUUUGGCAGCCCUGCUGGCCACGGCUGUUUCCUCUCUCUGCUUCCCACAUGCUUCCCCGUGGCCUUCACUUGGAUUCCAACCCCUUCAUGCGCUGGGCAUGAGCUGGUUCCCUGAGAGAGAGAGUGAGGGGGCAGGGAGGGAACUCGGACUCUCCUCCACCCUGAAGUGUUCAGGCACCAGUGUGGGAUGCACGUGGACAGGAAAAUUUGGGCACAAGGCUGGGUGCUAUGCCCUGGACACAGGCUCCACCAUGCCUCCCCCUAGUACCUGCUUAUCUUAUAGAACCUCCCCAUUCGGCCCCUUGAAGCCCAUGUGACCAUACAUGUUUUUCACCUUCUUUCCCUUUGAGAACAGCACCUUGUCUGGGAUCCCAUGAUCCUGAGUUCUCACCUGUGUGACAAAGACCACCCCCACCCGAGGGGCAGGUGUCCCCACAGCAAAGAAGGAAUAGUAGCCCACUUCAUCUUUCCAUCUCCUGCUCUCCUUCCCCCUCCAUGCCAGAGGCCCUCUAUGCCCUCUGGCCCAAACCAAGGCUGAGCAAUGCUGGCUUGCUGCAGAUGCCCAGCUAUGCCCAGAGGUGGCCUAGGUCUGCCAGCUGCAUACCUGCCACCUCAGCCAGCCCCCUCCUGUCUCCCCAGUCUGAACAGAGUUGCCUUAAAUUGGCAGGUGGUAGAGCGUUCACUGCCCUUGGAGCUCUGACACAGCUCCUAUCUGUCCACCCCUCCCGAGAGUGGCUCCUGCUUAUCUAAUCAUCCCUGAGCACUGAUUAGCCAGCCCUGGGUUAGGGGCCUGAGGACGGCCCCCAGAUAUACAGGGUCACCCUGACACUGGUGUCAGGCCAGCCUCAGGUCCUUGGGGCAAGUACAGCCUCUCUGAUCCUCCUUCCCAGCGCUUCCCAUCUGUUCACCUGAUCCUGGUACCAGCCUCCCCCUGCCCCUGCCUCCCCACAGGUUGGUCAUGACAGGGAGGUGUAAAUGCCACAGUCUGAGAUAGAGAAAGGUGGGACACCAGAUCCUGGAAGCCUUAGGGGCCAUGACCCCUGAAGAAGGCUCCCAUCUGUGCUCCCAAGGUCUUCUCCACACUUGGUGACCUUGAAUUACAAAGGUGAAGGGGAGGCCAGGCCCCACCUUUCUACCCACACCCCUGCCCAGCCCAACUCCUCUAGCCUGAGGAGUACUGAAGAGUCUAGGGGUCCCCCAGCCCUCCACUCCUCCCCCACCCCGUACUGUGAACGUCCUGUGACUCAGCACAAAGACAGAUAAUAUAUUUAAUUCAUGUGGUACAGAAAGGACUGAGCAGUAUCAUGCAGAAAAGCUAAUUUUGAUAGAUUGAUGCCAAAGAUGGAGCCUAAGGAGUGUGGGUGGGGCUUACUUUUAUGUAUGUAUGUAUGUAUGUAUGUGUGUAUAUAAAGUGAAGGGAGAGUUUG